AUGUCAUAUGACGACAAAUAUAGACACUUCUCCAUGGCAAAGAUGAGACAAGUUUUAAAUAUUUACAAUAGCCGUAAACAAAAAGGUUUGGGAAACCACUCCCCCGAAGAAAUGAAAAACAACCCUGACUUAGAGAAAGACUAUAUAUUUAAUAAUUUAGUCAAAAGAGACAAACAAGAAAGAAUGCCGGGCUUCAAACUUCAGAAAGGUGACAAAGUAAAAAUAGAAAUACCUAAACGCGACCCAUAUGAAAAUACUAUUGACUAUGACAACAAUGGGAACCCGACAGGUACUCACAUUCGUGUUCGUAAAAAUAGAAGAAAGUAUACAAGAGAAUAUUAUGAAGUUUUAGGCAAACAUGGCAAAAUGUACAGACUGCAAGCAGAAGAUAAAACUACUAUUGUCAGACCUCGUUUCAAACUUGUCAAAGUUCAAGGUGGUAUACUUUCAAAGACAGUUCCUAACAAAUAUAAGACAACUCCUGACGAAUAUGCUAAAGAAGUUGAAAAUGACGACUAA